AUGUCGGAGCUGGCUAUUUUCCAAGCCGCUCAGUCCUGUCAUCAGAGUCUGAGGGUGGCACUCACAGUCCCACGACUAAUGCAAAAAGAAUGGGCUGAAAAUCGACUGGCGGAUUUCAAUCUCUGGGCCGCUGGCGCCGGUGCUUUCGCAACUGGCAGGGCAUCCCUGGACCAUCGGCUGGAAGAAACCACAGAAGUACGCAACGUAAUCAUUAAUCUUUUAAUGAUGUUGCAAAUCCUUGUGCAGAAAUGCAUAAAAGAAGGGACCGAAUGUGAGUCAAAUGCCACGGCGGAAUUUUUUGAAGGGUUUUCCCGAAUGAAGGAUGUUGAAAAGAGUUUGAAUCAACUCACAAGACUCACUGUUGCGAUCCGAAAGAGUGGAAAUCGAUCCCGACUUCACAAGGCCGAUGCUUCAUUUCAUCCUGAUACAUCACAAAUCAGUUCACUGCGCCGGCACCUUGAGUUUCUUAUUUCUGCUCAUCCGAGAGAGAAUGGAAGCUCAAACUCAAGUGUCCAGAGCCUCACCUCGAGAAACUUGACCUUGAUCCAGUCGCGUCUGAUUGAUGCCAACUUGAAACGGAGGAAUCGCUUUCUUUAUGCUCAGCAGCAUGCCCAGAGGCUAGGGCACGAGUCGGAAAACUCAAAAAAGAGAUCUGAUAAGACCCUAGUGUCGAAAAGCCACAUUCCAUCUUCUGAUACGCCAAGAAAGGCUGCAAAGGAUGAAGGUGAUGGUAAUGAGCCAAAAGUAAAAAGCACUACCACCGCGACGGCGGUGGAUACGGAGAUUGAAAUUCCACCUGCCUACAUGACCACACCUGCGACCACCGUUGUUUCAGUCACCAGCUCUCGAAUCGCAUAUCCAAAACCUCCAUCUCUAAAUGAUCAGCAAGUCCUAUUCAAGUGCCCUUGUUGCUGUCAGAGCCUCCCCACCACUUCAGGAAGAGGCAAACUCUGGAAUAAGCACUUGGCGGGUGACAUCUUGCCAUACACAUGUGUUUUUGAAGAGUGCCCUACACCUGGAGCAUUCUAUUUGACCCGAGAAGCCUGGGUCAGCCACAUGGGCCAGGAACACGGUGGAACAGAAAGAUGGAUAUGCCAAGCAUGCUCCCAGAAGGGUGUCUACGUUACAUUCCACACCCCUGUUGACUUCACCGACCAUCUCCAACAGCAACAUAGCAAAGCAAUUAAGCCACAUCAUUUCCCAACCCUACUCUCAGCCUGGCGACGAAAGCUCCCUUUCAAGAUUCCGGCCUGUCCACUUUGUGAUUUUCAAAACGAGGAUCAACAGGCCCUUCUCGAUCACACUGCUGAACAUGUUCACUCCUUUUCGCUACGGUCUUUACCAUGGGCUCCGAGAGAAGGGGUCGAUGAAGACGACAAGGAGCAAUAUGGGACCUAUUUCAAAACAAACCCUUAUUUUGCGAGCUGCCGGUCGGAACCUUCGUCACUUUCUUCUGCACUUUCAUCACCAGUCACGAAUACAGGGAGCUCAACAGCCUUUGGUUCUGAUGAAGCAUUUCAUGAGCAGCAGCAUCCAAUGAUAGAGAGAAGUCUUCACCUGCUUCCAGGUGAUCUAGAUGAAAAACUGGAUAUCAACGAUUGGUUAAAAAGGGCUGAUCAGGAUACGGAGAGCAGUAUACCCUUAGCUUCGUCCGUACUAUUAUAUGAGCAAGAGAAUUUUCCCGAAGGCUAUGGAGAGUAUGAUGCCGGAAUUGACACAGAUGGUGAUACAGAUGAGUAUGAUGUCGAAAUUGACACAGAUGUUGAUACAGAUGAUGAUACAGAGCCCGGGGUGGCUCAAGGGCGGGUCCUGGACCACGGUAUGUCUGCCAUCCCGCGCCCUCCGAGUCUCCCGAUGCUAGAAAUUCCACCGGAUGAGCCGAGAAACUCUUACUAUCUCGACAACGUAUUCGACCUGAACUUGAUGAAUCUUCCUUACAUGAUAGGGUGGAUUACAACGUUGUCAAUUGGGAAUCUUGCCGCGAAGGUCCUACUCGACGAACAAUUUGAACUUCCUAUGUACAACAUAUCCCGAGACAGGAAUCGCUAUGUGUGCGGUAGAAUGGGAAAACACAAGGUGGUCAUCGCCUCACUCCCCAAAUCUGUAUCCGGACUAGUAUCAGCGGCCGGUAUCGCAACGUCCCUUCUCUCCACCUUUCCAAACGUUCGGAUCAUGCUCAUGGUUGGACUGGGCGGCGGUGCGCCAAGUCCGGGACAUGAUAUCCGUCUCGGAGAUGUUGUCGUCGGCACCCCUGGGGACGGCGAUGGUGGGCUUCUUCAAUUUGACUUCGGAAAAUUCAUACAAACCGAAAAACUCCAUCACACCAGAUCCUCCCAGCCGCCUAUGAUCCUCAAAAGUGCAAUCAACAGACUCAAGGAGCAUUUCGAAGUCGAGGGCCACGAUAUCCAGAAAACUAUUACCAUGAUUCUUGGCUCUUCGCAGAGAUUGCGCAAGCAAUUCGGGCACCCAGAUCCUGAAACGGAUCGACUGUAUAGAAGCGACAUAGCCCACCAGGGGGUCGGCCCCUGCGCCUUCAAUUGCGGUACAGAUUCCUCUGCCUUGAUUCCUCGGAGUGGUCGCACCAAUCAAGACUGUCCGAAUGUUCAUUAUGGUCUAAUUGCAUCCUCCAACCAGCUUUUGAAAGAUGCCAAGACUCGAGACCACUUUGUCGCAUCACACAAUGAUGUCUUAUGUUUUGACAUGGAAGCAGCUGGACUGCUCGAUAAUCUUCCCUGUCUUGUUAUUCGUGGGAUAUGUGACUAUGCCGAUUCCCAUAAAAACAAGGAGUGGCAAGCUUACGCAGCUAUGACUUCUGCUGUCUUCGCGAAAAACCUCUUGCAAUUCAUCCCAUCCUCAGAACUCGAUGCUGAACCGAGAAUAAAGGACGCUGUUGUUGAUCCGCAGACUUCACUUGGCAAUAUAUCUGAGGGUGCAAGUUCGAACGGAAGAGGGGAUGAAUGA